AUUUUGACGACGGUCGUUGCGAUAAUGUCACUAUCGGUCCGUCGGUCGUCUGCACAUCGCUAACCGAAUUAUUGCAAAUAAUUUCGUUUGUCAUCGUCGUCCGAAUUUCACGUGUGUGCGUACGUGUGUUUGUGCGUGCGUCCUGAUUCCCGCGCGGGCCGCGGGACACGCGCGAGCCGGCGCGUUCGCCACCGGCAGUGUCCAUUUAUCGGUCGCCGCCGUCGCGCAUGGCGCCUAACCCGUUCACGGCCAGGCUGGCCGCCCGAAUCGCCAUGUCGUACGGGCCCAGCGUCAGCUACAUAAUGCUCAUCCGCGUGGCCAUACUGUUCUUCCGGCCCGACAUCGAGGACGUCAAUCACCGGCUGACGGACCGCCGGAUCGCCGAGAUCAGGGACAAGUACGACUUCGUGGUGAUCGGCGGCGGUUCCGCUGGUUCCGUUAUAGCCAAUCGCCUGUCCGAGAACGCCAACUGGACGGUUCUAUUAAUAGAGGCCGGAAUUGACGAACCGGCAUUGUCAGACAUACCAUUGCUGUAUCCUUCCCUCCAGCGCACGUCUGUUGAUUGGCAGUAUAAAACCGAACCCAGUGAUUCAUCUUGCUUGGGCUUCAACGGGAAUCAAUCUAGCUGGCCCCGAGGCAAAGUCAUCGGGGGCAGCAGUGUCCUGAAUGCCAUGUUCUAUGUCAGAGGCAACCGGAAGGACUACGACGCAUGGCAAGACGCCGGCAAUGAGGGCUGGGGUUACGAGGACGUGUUGCCGUACUUCAUCAAGUCCCAGGACAUGAGGAUACCGGAGCUCGUGGAUUCCGAAUACCAUGGCACAGGAGGAUACCUGAGCGUGGAGCAUUUCCGGUCGCAUUCACCGAUCGUGAACAAUUUUUUGGAGGCCGCCAAGGAAUUUGGUUAUGAUGAAGUUGAUAUAAAUGGUCACAGCCAAACAGGAUUUACACGAUCUCAAGGAACUCUAAGAGACGGGUUAAGGUGCAGUACGGCCAAAGCUUUUUUGAGGCCAAUCAAAGAUCGUCCAAACCUUCACAUCAGCUUACACACGCAUGUUUUAAAAAUCGUGAUCGAAAACGACCGAGCGACGGGCGUGCUGAUAUCCAAACUGGGGACAAUACCGACCCUGGUGAGGGCCGAGAAAGAAGUGGUACUGUCGGCGGGUGCAAUUAAUUCGCCCCACCUGUUGAUGUUGUCCGGUAUAGGGCCUGCUGAUAAGAUACGUAAGGCCGGUGUCGAAAUCACCAAACACAUACCCGGUGUGGGGCAGAACCUGCAAGACCACAUUGCGAUGGGUGGGGUCACAUAUUUGUUCGAUUCACCCGAUGAAUCCAACCCCCUCGGUCUGGGUAUAGUUUUGCCGAGAGUGUUGACGCUCAACUCAUUCAUCCAAUUCUUCCGGGACAAAAUGGGGCCACUCUACAGGAUACCACUUGGUGAAGCCAUGGGUUUUGUAAACACGUGCUACAACGACGAUUUCGAUUGGCCAGACGUUCAGCUGUUUAUGGCAACAGCCGCAGACAACGACGAUGGUGGUCUAUUGAACAAACGAGAUGUGGGCAUCACCGACGAGUACUACGAUCAAGUUUUUGAACCUAUACUAUACCGAGACGCAUUCACGAUAGCACCGUUGGUGCUGAGGCCGCACAGCAGAGGCUACAUAGAGAUUACAAGUUCUAACCCGUACGCGGCGCCGAAAAUCGUGCCUAACUACUUCAGCGACCCACGGGACGUCAGAACCAUGGUAGAGGGUGCCAAAAUUGGAUAUGCUAUUAGCCGUACAGUAGCCAUGAGCAAGAUCAACACCACUUUACAUGACAUCCCCACGCCAGGGUGUGAGUGUUACGAGUUUUUGUCCGAUGAAUACUGGGAAUGCCAGGCCCGUCAUUACACGAUGACAAUUUACCAUCCAGUCGGCACGUGUAAGAUGGGUCCGGAGGACGACGAGUAUGCCGUGGUGGAUGAGCGGUUGAGGGUGAGGGGAAUCAGGGGCUUAAGGGUUGUUGACGCGUCUAUAAUGCCUACGAUAGUUAACGGAAACACCAACGCGCCAACGAUUAUGAUCGCGGAAAAGGCGUCUGACAUGAUCAAGGAAGAUUGGGCCGGACACACGCAAACAUUUAAGACACGGUAUAUCAAGAAGACAGUCAGAAGAUGGUGGUAGGCCGCUGUCCAAACAUUUCUGAAUAUCGGGUCAACCUGUUUGAUAAAUACAUUUAUAAACACGGAAUUUAAAUGACGAAAUUACUAUCGAUAUUUAUAUUUGACAUUUAUUGUACCUAUAUCUAACCAGUAUCCACGAUUAUUAUCUCAAUAAUUUUGGUUGUGUACUUACCAAGGGCGCCCAUUAAUCAGAAUCUAGAGGGGUGACAACAUCAUGAAAAAAAACUAAGAACCAACAAAAUUGCUUUUUUAAAUAACAGAAAAUAGAUAUACGACAUAGAUACACGAUUUACACGUCAUGUAUAAGUUUAUUAUUUACAAUUAAAAAAAUUACUAUCAUUUCACAUUUGUCUAGAGGUGGUGCAUUUUCAACCCCAUGCACCCUCUAAUGGGCCCUUUGGUACCUAUCUAUUAAUACGGAUGAAAUUUGUAUUGGUCAGUUACAUUAAUAAGUAAAUACAUUUUUACUAAUUAAAAUAUGAUAAUUAUUAAGAUGUAUAUAUGGUAACAUAAAAUGUAUAACAUCUGUAAAUCGUAUAUAAUUUUUAAUUGCUCACACUUUUUAUUAAUACCAUUAUUUAUCUCGGACACUAACAUCGUCAGGGAUGAUUUGAAAAUUAAUUUUAGUAAAUUAUUAUUUUAUAUUAUAAAUACCAUAAUAUCUUAUAACUUAAUAGUAUUAUUAUAAAUUGUUAAUAGUUUGGUUUUAAGUGUGUAAACUAUUUGUUAUGUAUUUGUAAUAACUAAUAAUAAUUAAAAAUAUUAUAUUUAUUGAAAA